GCAGGAAUAAACCAGCAGGACUCACGGACCGUCGGGCUCUCUCUCACUUAAGAUGUCAUUCGCCAGUGAGCAGCUGAGUAACGGAUACUUGCGGCGAAACAUGCCGACGAUCGUGUCAAAGGUGAAAGUCCGGGAAAUAAUACCACACCUGCCGUGUUUGAGCGCUCACGACAAGGAAACGAUCGAAGCCAAGCGCGAGGCCUACGGCAACUACGACAGCAUGGUGCUGCUCCUGGACUGUCUGAAGAGGAGGGAGAACUGGCCCGACCAGUUCAUCGGAGCUCUGGAGGCCUGCGAGCACGUGACCAUCGCAGCGGAGAUCCGAGCGGAAUACCAGGCUUUAAAGGGCAGUGAUCCCAAACCAGGCUCCCCGCCCACCACUGUUGUCAAGGCCCACAUCCACCCGGCACCACCUACCACUCAUCUCUCCGUCCCAGAAAGCGACGCCGACAGUCAGACGGCGGUUGCUCCGACGGAUUCGUCUCAAGGACAGUCAGAGGUCGCCUCAGAGGUUGAAGACACCGUGACUCAACCUGAAGCCUCUGAGAAUCCAGAAGCCUGUGUUUCUGAAGAAGCUUCGUCAGCUGUGCCGGAGGCUCCGAAGUCCAGUGAGGGUGAGGGGUCGUCCCCUCCGACGACCCCGCCUCCGUCCCCGGUGACCCCUCAUCAUCAGCCCAACACCGCGCCACUGAAGGAAGUGAAUGUUCAGCUGGAGCAGGAGAACUCUGAAGCAGACGUCCCUGACUUUUCUGGUGAUUCCGGGGUGAUUCCUGAUCCAGAGCCAGCAAACGUCAGCUCUGGCUCAGCUCCUCAGCCACUGCAGGCUGAGGAAACUGAUCCAGCAGAUGAUCCUGCGGCUUCUCCAGGAGGCGCACGGAGCCCAUCUCCACAUCAGAUGGCAUCAGAUGAGCUGGAGGAAGAGUCAUUCCAGGUGCUGACCUCGGAGAAUUCUCCACUCCAGGACUCCAUUCCGGCUCCAGUGGAAGUCGACGUGAGCUCUGAAUUUGAAGAUACGUCAGAGAGCCAGGUCGUCCAAGCUGUCCCCGAAGGCCUGACUGAACCGGCAGACGUUGACCUCUGCAGUGAUGUGGAGGAGCCUGUGAGCACCUCAAAUCACGUCGGUACAUUGGCGGAUCCUUGCUCAGACAACAGCGAGCCCCUGGAAAUGGGUGACCUUGAGACCAUUUCUGCCGCUCCCGUCUGCGGCCCGGUCCUCUCCGAGACCCGCUCGCCUUCGCCCCCGUGUCAGGAGAAUGGACUUGCUAUUGACAAACCCGAAGAGAUUCCCGAGGACUCGUGGAGUCAGGGGGAGCCGAGCCUGCAGGAGGAGCAGAGUGGAGUGGUGGAAGCAAGUGAGCCUGAAGAGACCCGUGAUGAGGCUCUGAGUCAGCCAGAGGAGGAGCACGAGCAAGAACCUGCGGAGGAGCCACCACUUCCACUCAGCCAAAAGACACCCGCCGUGAGUGUAAACGGCAAGACGUCCUCAGGCGCAGCGGCUGAGUCUGGGGAGUCCGUCCCCUCGGAGCCGCUGCUGACCCCGGCACAACGCAAGACCCCGCCUCGCAAACUGAGUGCCAACACCAAGUACAUCCUGACGGCUGCAGGCGUGGGAGCCUGUGCUCUGCUGGUGGCGUGGAGGUUUAAGCAUUAAGGUUCAUUAAUACCUUAAAAGGAUGAGAUUAAGGUGAAAGGCUUCGGAAGGAGGAUCUGAAAGGUGCCUUAAUGUAGCCGCUGCAGUGGAAUUAUCAAACUACGGAACUGCUGAUGCGCCAGAGGCCUAAUCAUGUCAUUCAUAACAAGCUUUAUUAGUUUAACAACCUUUUACCAAGCGCGACUCUUUAUGCACCGAUCUGACACGCACACUUUUUUCAAAAUUCAAGGCUGACCCUUUCCCUCCAUGAUAGACGUUCAUGGGUACAACCCGUAAAAAGGCCAUCGUCCAAGCUUAAGUUUGUCUUCUCCCGAUUCUUCCGCGGUUGGAAGGAAACAUCUCUGAGAAUGAAGACAGUGCUCGGGAGAGUAAUAUAUUUUUGUAUGAUUUUAUGUUUUGCAGUAUAUUUAUUUUACUCUAAAAUAAUUGUGUGUUUUUAGAACGUGACAAAAGGCAGUGGGGUCAGCUCUUGGUCUUUAUUCUUGACAGCUAUGAAACUCAACAGCGAAGAUCAUCAUCGACAGCUACACUAUGAUGCGCCGCUGUGGUCUUCUGAGAGGGAAUGAAAGGUGGUUCAUGAUGGAUGUUUGACAAGGAAGGUGGCGAUGCAUGUUGGUUGAGAGGAUAGUGUAAGUGGGAGAAGAUGGCUCACGUGAGGGCAGGAAAUGCACGUGUCAGUGACAAGGCAGUGAGAAGAAAUGUGUAUAGAAUGGGUGGUUAGCAAUUGUUAUUUUGUUCUGUGACAAGGAAAUAUGGACCCCAGUCUCUGUUUGUCAGGCACUGAAAUGCCUUUAUCUAACACUACUGCUCCACUCCACCAAUGGUUGACCUGCAAAGGCAGCUCUAUUUCACUCAUAAUUACACAUUUUAAACCAGACGGAAGCCCAUUUCCAUAUUUUUAAAGGAAAAAAGUCUCAAAGUAAAGACGAUAGAGGUUGUGCUGAAUUUUAAUUUCUCUGUGACUAGUGAUACUAAUUCUGCACUAUAUUUAUUUGUAUAUAUGUUUGUGCAUGGCAUGAUAUUUAUAUUAAAAGGGCAUUUUAACUCAUAACAACACACUUUCAAUUCAAGUCUCUACAAGCUUUAUGAAUGAUUCAUAAGAUUCCUGCCUGUAUGUGGUGAAUGUGUCUGCUACCGUCACCUGCUUUAUGUUAUCAUCAUUUGCAAGUGUAGCAGAAACGUUGUUGUUCAUAUAUUUGUGGUGUAAAUACUGUCAAUAGAAAGAGAGAGAACAUAUUUUAGACAGUGUGUACAGCGCUUUCUGUAUAGUGAAAUCAGUCGAUUGAUCUCUGAUAUUCCAAGCUAUGCACUCAAAUUUGACGUCAUGAAACAAGGGAGUAACUUGUGAAUAGGUCCAAGUGGAUGAACUUGGUGGUGCCACACACGUCUUAAAACAUCACAAGUGAACUCAUUGUAUGACGCGUGUAUUUUGGUCUGUCAAUCACGUCAACGGGAAUUAAAACUUUUCACAUGGAUCAUUCGGUCUUGUUGUUGUUGGAA